GGUCCCCGAGGGGCGGGGCUGGGGUCCCUCUCCUGGAUGAGGGAGGAGGGAUGGGGGUCAGGUCGCUGGGUCCCUGGCCUGGGAAGGGUUCCGAGGACCGGACGUCGGGGUUCUUAGAAGGGGAGAUGAGUUUUCACCAUAACUGGGGCUCACGCAGGAAGCCCGAGGGAGUAGGAGGCGGAAACUUAGCCACAUCAAGGAGCCAAGGGAGGGGUGGGGAGGUGAAGGGGCGGGUGAGGAAGGGGCUGGGGUGUGAGGGUCUGAGACUCCCUCUUCUGUCCCCUCCAAGAUCCGGCCAUAGGCAUGAGGGGCCUCUGGCCGAGAUGAUAGUGCUGGCGCCAGCCGGGAGCCCAACAACCUCCCUGCUGCUGCUGCUGCUGCUCAGCCCUGGCCUCCGCGGGACCCCUGACUGCUCCUUCAGCCACAGCCCCAUCUCCUCCACCUUCUCGGCCACCAUCCACAAGCUGUCUGAUUACCUGCUUCAGGACUAUCCAGUCACCGUCGCCUCCAACCUGCAGGACGACGAGCUCUGCGGGGCCUUCUGGCGCCUGGUCCUGGCCCAGCACUGGAUAGGACGGCUCAAGGCUGUGGCCGGGACCCACAUGCAAAUUCUACUGGAGAACGUCAACACGGAAAUACACUUUGUCACUUUAUGUGCUUUCCAGCCCCUCCCCAGCUGUCUUCGCUUCGUCCAGACCAACAUCUCCCACCUCCUGCAGGACACCUCCCAGCAGCUGGCAGCCUUGAAACCCUGGAUCACCCGCAGGAAUUUCUCUGGGUGUCUGGAGCUGCAGUGUCAGCCGGACUCUUCCACACUGCUGCCCCCAAGGAGUCCCGGGGCCUUGGAGGCCACAGCCCUGCCAGCCCCUCAGGCCCCCCUGCUGCUGCUCUUGCUGCCGCUGCCCGUGGCUCUCCUGCUGAUGGCUGCUGCCUGGUGCCUGCACUGGCAGAGAAGGAGGCAGAGGACAGCCUACCCUGGGGAGCAGAGGAGGACACUGAGGCCCAGCGAGACGAGUCACCUGCCACAGGACACAGAGCUGGAACUCCGAGGAAGUCAGCUAGAGACUGGUCCCUUCCUCGACAGCGCUGCCCCGCUCACUCUCUCCCCAGGAUGGAGGCAACGCCAGCCCACAGCCCCAGCCCCAACUAUCCCCAUCUGUACAAAGUCCUUGUCCCCAGGAAACUGUAUAUAAAUCAUCCUUUUCUACCA